GAGAGUCUGUGUCUGUGAUCAAACACACCGACCCCGUCCCUGACCCCAGAGCUGUCAAUCAAGACAAGAAGAACAUGCUGUUUUCUGUAAGAACUACACUUCCUUCCUGUUUGGAGCCAACUCUACUCUCUCUCUCUCUCACUGUCUCUCUCACACACACACACACACACACACACACACACACACACACACACACACACACACACACACACACAGGCACUCUAUCUCUCUCUCUCUCACCGCUCUGUUCUGGCUUCAACCUGCUGCAUUCGUCAGCCAUAUCAGGAAUUCUGACUUCCAUCUCCUUCUGAAUCAGCUGUGUGUGUGUGUGUGUGUGUGUGUGUGUGUGUGUGUGUGUGUGUGUGUGUGUGUGUGUGUGUGUGUGUGUGUGUGUGUGUGUGUGUGUGUGUGUGUGUGUGUGUGUGUGUGUGUGUGUGUGUGUGUGUGUGUGUGUGUGUGUGUGUGUGUGUGUGUGUGUACAAUAUGUGUGUGCACGGUUGUUGCUCGAUGCAUCCCUUCUUCUUAAAAUGUGUUCAGCAGAUAUAAUCUUGGUGAUGUCGGCAUCCCUGAAGGAGUUAGUAGCAAGUGGUGGUCCCAUAUGGAUGCAGUAUGAUAUCAGUGUGUACUCUGUAUCACCAUAUUAACUCUGUGCUGACCUCCUCCUCUUCCUGCGCAGGGCACUAACAUCGCUGCGGGGCGAGCCAUUGGCAUCGUGGUCUCCACCGGCGUGUCCACGGAGAUCGGUAAGAUUCGGAACCAGAUGGCUGCCACGGAGCAGGAAAAGACUCCUCUGCAGCAGAAACUGGACGAAUUUGGAGAGCAGCUCUCCAAGGUGGGGUUUACGAUGAUGAUGAUGAUGAUGAUUGUUGUAUUAAUUCAUUGCGCUAUCAUAUCUAUACGUUUUCUGUCUGUGUUUGCUGUGAUUUGUAUGAGCCAAAUGACUGCAAGUCCCAAGACAAAUGUCAAUUCUCACCCAAAGAACAGACAAUAAUAUUUUGAACUUGAACUUGAAGGUCAUCUCCCUAAUCUGCGUGGCCGUCUGGGUCAUUAACAUCGGGCAUUUUGGGGACCCAGUUCAUGGGGGGUCCUGGAUGCGUGGGGCCAUCUACUACUUUAAGAUUGCUGUGGCCCUGGCUGUGGCCGCCAUCCCUGAGGGUAUGUGAGAACAGCUUAUUUCCUUCCCUCUGCCUCUCUCUUUUUCUCACUUUCCAAAUUCCAUGUAAAAAACCUAAAUGAAUUAUCCUAUGCUGUCCAUUAGUGAUGCGCGGGUUGAAUAAAGAGAAAGAGAAAACAAUACAUAAAAAAAUCUAAUGUAUAAUUCUUGUACAAUUUAUAUUUAUAGGCUACAUUAAGGUUAUUCUUUCAUUAUAUUUAGGCUAUGUCAUUAGUGCGUAAGCAUAAGCUUUAGGGUCUAACUUUACACACGCCAAAUAGCUUACAUACCAAUCACCAAACGCUUUGGUAUGGGCAGAAAAAGUUAAGCUACACUAUAUAUACAAAAGUAUGUAGACACCUCUUCAAAUUAGUGGAUUGGGCUAUUUCAGCCACACCCGUUGCUGACAGGUGUAUAAAAUCGAGCAAACAGCCAUGCAAUCUCCAUAGACAAACAUUGGCAGUAGAAUUGCCUUACUGAAGAGCUCAGUGACUUUCAACGUGGCACUGUCAUAGGAUGCCACCUUUCCAACAAGUCAGUUCGUCAAAUGUCUGCCCUGCUAGAGCUGCCCCGGUCAACUGUAAGUGCUGUUAUUGUGAAGUGGAAACGUCUAGGAGCAACGACGGCUCAGCUGCGAAGUGGUAGGCCACACAAGAUCACAGAACGGGACCGCCGAGUGCUGAAGUGCGUAAAAAUCGGCCCUCCUCGGUUGCAACACUCACUACCAAGCUCCAAACUGCCUCUGGAAGCAACGUCAGCACAAUAACUGUUCAUCGGGAGCUUCAUGAAAUGGGUUUCCAUUGCCGAGCAGCCGCACACAAGCCUAAGAUCAAUAAUGGUCUGGGGCUGUUUUUCAUGGUUCGGGCUAGGCCCCUUAGUUCCAGUGAAGGGAAAUGUUAACGCUACAGCGAAAAAUGAACAAUUCUAGAUGAUUCUCUGCUUCCAACUUUGUGGCAACAGUUUGGGGAAGACCCUUUCCUGUUUCAGCAUGACAAUGCCCCCGUGCUCAAAGCGAGGUCAAUACAAAAAUGGAUUGUCGAGGUCUAUGUGAAAGAACUUGACUGGCCUGCACAGAGCCCUGACCUCAACCCCAUCGAACACCUUUGGGAUGAAUUGGAAUGCAGACUGCAAGCCAGGCCUAAUCGCCCAACAUCAGUGCCCAACCUCACUAAUGCUCUUGUGGCUGAAUGGAAGCAAGUCCCCGCAGCAAUGUUCCAACAUCUAGUGGAAAGCCUUCCAAGAAAAGUGGAGGCUGUUAUAGCAGCAAAGGGGGGACCAACUCCAUAUUAAUGCCCAUGAUUUUGGAAUGAAAUGUUCGACGAGCAGGUGUCCCCAUACUUUUGGUCAUGUAGUAUAGAUCGACUGAGGCAAAAAGGAUUUUGUCUGAGUUUAAUUCAAUCACUGAAAAGCUGUGAAAUGGAGAGUAGAAAAUAAAGAGAAGGGAGGGCCAGAAAAGUAAUGUUUGGGAAAGAUUUGGUGAAGUGGUAAAAGAGGAUGAUAGCAGUGUCUAUGUUAUGUCUGAUGAUUGUGAGGCUCUAUACAAAUUCGACAGUCACAAGACGGGGACUUCAAAUAGGCCUAUGGCACGUCAAGGGAACUGUAGCCUACUGUUUAGAUGGGUUAAAUGAAAACUGAAAUCUGGACACGGUCUUAAUAAUAACUCCUGCAGAAUUAAGCAUUUCUUGCAGUAAAAUGAUGAUACACAAAAUGUACAUUUUGACUCGGGAACAUGAGUGGAGAAAUAUGAUUUCUUUCUUUCAGCAUCUUGAGAGAAUGCGAAUGCACAGUUACGGAACAUCUGUAGAGGUGCUGUCUUUAUUAGCAUCAUAAAAUCUGAUACUAUUUCAACCACAUAAAAUAUGCAUCCAGGCCGAACUGAAAUCUUAUCAGAAACAUGUUGGGUCAUUUUCACAGCUUUCUAUAUCCUUACUACUUGUCAAACUGAUGUAAUUUGGAAAUUUUGUACAGAAAUCUAAAACUUUUAGCUCCGCAAAAGAAGCAGAGAUGAUACAACUAUAUCGAUGUCUACUAGAUUGAAGCAUUCAUUCUAUCAUUUAUGACAUUAUUCUGGUGAGCAAGGGUUUAUUUAGUAUUCUAGGGCAACAUAUAAUGACAGAAGAGAAGCUGCCUGUAUUUAAUAAUUAAGUUUAAUAACUAAUAGCCUACCAAAAUGUCAGAAAUUAUUAAAAGCAGAAACAGUCUGGCGAGUGUUGUCCAUGUUACUGUACUGUACCUGUCCAUUCCACUCUAUCCAAUCCUGCCUGUCUUACCCCCUCAGGUCUACCCGCUGUUAUCACCACCUGCCUGGCGCUGGGGACCCGACGCAUGGCCAAGAAGAACGCCAUCGUCCGCAGCCUGCCCUCUGUGGAGACCCUGGGCUGCACCUCUGUCAUCUGUUCUGACAAGACCGGCACCCUCACCACCAACCAGAUGUCUGUCUGCAGGGUGAGUCUGGGAAAACGUUCA